CCGAAACAAGUACGGUUCACAGAAGUCCCGAUAUGUCUGUAUAGCUCUGCUGCGUGUGGAACAGUUAGCUCGUACGCAUUUUAUAUUGGGUUUUGAAAGCAGCUGUAAAUGGCAUCACUUCCCCAAGAAACUUGACAGGCGGGUCAACUGCAAUCGAAAACGUUUGGAUUUUGUUGUUGGCAUAAAGAAACUGUUAUUUGAGACGUAUUUUUUGGACGCAGGAGAAAUGGCAAAUUUUAAGUACGUCAUUAAUAUGGCGCCAAAAGAUUUUUAAGUAUGAGCUUAUUUUUGUUGUAAGGUUGCAAGAUCCAGUAGCAAUAUACCCCUGUGCAAUCGCAAGAGGAGAGGAGAGGCGAGGCGAGAGGAGAGGAGAGAAAUGUUUUGGUGGCGCGAGAGCAUUGCGAAACUAACCUGAUUCGAGUUGUAUGGCAAUUUGAUCCACCAGUUUUUGCACGUUAAUAAUAAUAAUAAUAAUAAUAAUAAUAAUAAUAAUAAUAAUAAUAACAACAACAACAAUAAUAAUAAUAAUAAUAACAAUAAAUAUACUGUGUAUUGCAGUUAAAAUCAUAAAGAUCGGAUUAUCAUUCGGGACCGGAACGGAGCGUGCGACUGGAUUACUGCAAAAGAAAACAUAUUUCAGGAUUUUGGGAGAGAUCGCCACAAAGUCUAAAAAGAUACAUACAGUUAAAAUCGGGUUGCGUAGGCGGCCAUCUCAGUUGUGUUGCAUAUCAUGUUUUUUUUUUGGAUGUAAUAAUAUUAGAUGGAUGGAGUAGUUACUUGUAUAUUUUACUCUCGGGAGAGGAUUGAACGCUGUCACAGAACCAACGUGGAAUGGAUCUAGAUUGAGCAAGUACAUCAUGAUCUCUUAAUUUUACAGCAUCGUUCAACUCCCCCCCUCCAUCCGAGGACGGGCUCGCAUGCUCUGAAAAGCAACCUGCAGCGCAAGCAAGAUGGAAAGUGAAAAGAAAAGGAGGAAAUACUCGUCCAGCAGCAAUGAUUCCGACACCACUGACAUUCACAUAUCCUCUUGGUCUAGGUCUUCCAAGAACAUGAACACUAACAGCACCUGGGCUCGGCAGGAGGACAAGCCCAAGAAGCCCUCUGAGGUAUUCAGGACGGAUUUUAUUACAGCGAUGAAGCUGCCAGACUCCUCCCAGCUGAGCCCCGAUGAGUUUUACGUCCUCACCGAUCCGUGGAGGCAGGAGUGGGAGAAGGGGGUCCAGGUGCCAGCCAUGGUGGAGGCCAUCCCAGAGCCUGUGGUCAGGGUGUUACCAGAAGUCAGCUGGAUUCCUUUCUACUCUGCCUCCCAGAGCAUCCUGAGCGGGUUCCAAUCCUCCAAGUCUGGCUAUGUGGACAUGAGGACCUCGACAAAGCAGCUCAGCCGCUACGACCUGGACGAUUGCGAUGUCUACUGGCUGGAGCUCGUCAACACGGAAUUCAGGGAACAAGCACUGCCCGAGCUGGAUGAGCUCACAAUGGAGCGGGUGAUUGAGGAGCUGGAGAGCCAAUGCUACGAGAACAUGCAGAUCGCCAUAGAAACAGAGGAGGGGCUUGGUAUCGAAUACGACGAGGAUGUGGUGUGCGACGUGUGCCGCUCGCCCGAAGGCGAAGACGGCAACGAGAUGGUUUUCUGUGACAAGUGCAACAUCUGUGUUCAUCAGGCGUGCUAUGGCAUCCUGAAAGUGCCUACGGGCAACUGGCUGUGCCGGACCUGCGCACUGGGGGUCCAACCCAAAUGUCUGCUGUGCCCCAGGAGAGGGGGAGCCUUGAAACCGACCCGCAGCGGAACCAAGUGGGUCCAUGUCAGCUGUGCCUUAUGGAUACCUGAAGUGAGCAUAGGUUGCCCCGAGAAGAUGGAACCAAUCACUAAGGUGUCCCACAUCCCAGCAAGCAGAUGGGCCUUGUCCUGUAGUCUGUGCAAGGAGCACACGGGCACCUGCAUUCAGUGCUCCAUGCCCUCCUGCGUCAUAGCCUUCCAUGUCACCUGUGCUUUUGACCACGGCCUGGAAAUGCGGACGAUCCUGGCUGAGAAUGACGAGGUCCGCUUCAAGUCCUACUGCCUGGACCACAGCAGCAACCGCCACAGCGGUGCCGGCACCAGUAAAGGAGAGCGGGCCGAGGCGAGAGGCCAGCACCCAGGAGAGGGAGCCACCGAGCCAAGAGUUCUGCAGCAGCAGCAGCAGGAAAAAAUUGACAAAAUGGAGCUGGAGAAGGCGAGCCAGAGGAAACAGAAGCUGCAAGAGCUGGAGGACGAGUUCUACAGGCUGGUGAACCCGGCGGACGUGUCUGAGAGCCUGGACCUGCCCGACGCGCACGUCGACUUCCUCUACCAGUUCUGGAAGCUCAAGAGGAAGUCGAACUUCAACCAGCCGCUGCUCACCCCCAAGCGAGACGAAGUGGACAACCUGGCCCAGCAGGAGCAGGACGUGCUCUACCGGCGCCUCAAACUCUUCACCCACCUGCGGCAGGACCUGGAGAGGGUUCGGAACCUGUGUUACAUGGUGACGAGAAGAGAGAAAAUGAAGCACUCCCUCUGCCAUCUCCAAGAAAAGGUAUUCCACCUCCAAAUCCAGCUGAUUGAGGAGGACUUGGCAAGAGAGAAAGCAGGGAAAGGAGGGAAAGCAGCGAAAGGCAGGCAGAGCGAAGCGAGAGGACGGAGGAAGUGCAGCCCGGAGAAAAAGGAGAGGUGGAAACCAGAGAAUGGAUCCUUGCUGAAACAGCUGGGUUUGUCCAAGACUUUUCCCAUUGACGAAGCCCUCUUCAACAGCUGGCUGGCGCAGUCAGUGCAGAUCACCACGGAGGACAUGCUGAGCCAGUGGUCCCUCCACGACCGACACGAGGAGAAGACAGGCAGCCUGCUCUCUGACCAACUCCUGCAGGGCGAGGAGAGCCUACUCAGCCUUAUGAUGGACCACUCCAUGAGUUCCACUUGGAAGACACCCCAGGUAGGCAGGAGAGCCAAGGGGAAGCCCAGGGGGAAGAGUCGCAAGACCUCCUCCUCCUCCUCCAGGGACCCUGAGGAGGCAGGGACCCAGGAAAAGAGGGCCUCAAAAAGAGCUUCAAACCACACUGAGAGACCCAAAUCCUCCAAGACAGUCCACCAUCACCAUUACCACCACCGGAGGAACAGUGUGUCCAAGCAGGAUCCCAGCAGGAAAGGCUCUCCCCAGCCUCCCGUUUCCAAAAUGGAUUCCUGUCACAUUUCGGAGGAGAGGAGCCACUGGGUAGACCGCAAGGAGCCAGCCCAGGAGCCCAAGUACCCAGUCAAAGUGCCUGAGGCGGUCAGCGCCCCCAAGACUGUGGUGAGGUUCAGGUUACCGAAACAGGGUAAGUCAAAGUCAAAAGCCUGCAGCCAGGACCAGGGCGACGGCACUGAGCACAUAGAGAAGGACAGCUUUGACAACGAGACUGACGGCUAUUACUCAGACGCGGAAAUGAGUGACUCUGACACGCAAUCCAGCAACGGGAGAAUGCGUCUCGGGCAGCUGCAUUCAGGAACCGAGGACCUCGUCAGAAGAAGCGUUUUGGCAUCUUAAAAAAAAAAAAACAGCGUGGAAGCAAAGUUUGAACCCAGUACAAACUGCCAUUUCUUUUGUUUUAGCCAGUUGUCAUAGUUUAGUAUGGAUUUCUUUCCAAACAUAAAUCGACACAAUUCAAGGUUAUAAAUGCUGUUGCCUUCCUUUUUCACAAUGGAAACGGAUAAACAUUUCAAAUGUUUGCUACAUCGGUUAAAAAGAUGUUAAGCAGUAAAGCCUGUGUGUUACGAGGGAUAACACACAUGCAUGUACUUUAUAUGUAAGUCAUUGUAAUGUUGAAGUAUCAGCUAGACUAGCCUUGUGUGUUAGCCUCUUAUGGCUACCGUUGCCAGUAUUACCUGCUUGUGUGGGGAUUAAUAAACUAGGGGCAUUACCAGCUGUCAUACUUCCUUGAUACUGAAUGUGAUUGGCCCUUGUUCUUCAACAAAUGUCUUAAGUAAAUAGCAAGUAAGGUAACUGAUUUAAAAGUGAUUUUUAAAAAAAAGCACAAGUGGUUUCAGGGGAGUCUUACAUCCCCACCAACGGCAUAGGAAAGACUUUUUAAUUCUUCCAUUCAACGUUUUAAAUAUUGCUUCACGCUUAGACCAAUCAACACACAGUAUAGAGGGCUCUAUUCAUAACAGUCUUGUGACAGUAUGUUCUUUUUUUUGGGGGGGGGUUGAAAUCACUUUAUAAUUUCUUGGCAUUUGGAUCUAGUUAACAGAAGAGAUGCACAGCAGUACAAAAAAGAAACAGAGAAAAUCAGAUGCGUUUCAAUGAGACAUCUUUGCCACUGUCCUGACGUAGUGCAAAACAACAUGGACUUUCUCAUUGAAAUAUUUCUUUUUGGUGCUACUGUGUUUACCUCCUGAUUGAAUGUUUAAGACAUGCAUGUUUAGGCUCUACGCUGCUUUUUAAAUUGAUUCCUUUGAACAACCUUGAAAAUACAUGGUAGUUAAUGAGGUGUUAAAAUACUUGUGAUGGUACUUUAAACACUUCAAGAAUCAUGUGUAAGAUACUUAACACCUAGUUACUUCUUUUAUUUUUAAAUGCCAAAUGCACUACUGACGAUGUAUGAAGAAAAAAAAAAAACAGUGAAUCAAUAAAGUAACUAGGUAUUGGCACUGCCUGAUUUUGCAGACUAAUGAGAAAAAAAAAAAAAAAAAAAACCCUGAUAUUCCUGAAACUGUUAACGACAGUCUGUAAAUAAUACAAAGCCUGGCCACCAUAUUACGACCUGCAUGCCCAAAUAAGUUUGGCAUCGCCCUCGCUUGUCCCUUGAUAAUAAUGCUGUGCUUGUGCCAUGCUGACGAUGGCUAGAAGAUAAUGCCCCCAUCCACCGUGCCAGAGUCCAGCAUCUAUGAUCACAACGAUCCCCGGAUCUCAAUGUUUGGGAUGAAUCUCAUCAGAGGGCGCCCCACUCAAUAUUAUGUACAGAGCCUAAUAGAGUGGCCAGGCAGUGUACAUGCAUACUAAAUGGUAUUGAACCUUUGUGAAUAGGGCCUCUUGUCACUCGUUUAACCAGUCACAGUAAUACCAGUAAGAAUCCAAACACAAAACCCUGUCAAUUGUAUUGCCUGGUCUUUUAAUGAGGAGCAUUUUCUAUCAGAGUGGUCCACAGUAUUUACUCAGGGGUAAAAAAAAAAAAGAAGAGAAUAUUUAUUCUGUGGCUUUUCUGUGAAUACACUGUUCGAGUCCUGACUACUGCUGAGGUUGUCGCUCAGUAACAUAAACUUUUAUUUUAAUUUUCAUAAAUGCCAAAGAACAGUCUGAAAAUGUGGCACUAAUGGGAACUCAAUGUCUUAUAUUCACAGUGAUAGGAAUACAAUUGGGACUAGUAGAUUAUAAGAAAUGAUGACAUUUUCAGUUAGUUGGGUGCCUUGUGUUCCACACAGCGUCGCAAAAACAGCACUGUCUGAAAACGAAUCCUACACAGUAAUAAUCUUUAACUUGUACAAAAUGUUUUUGCCCCCCAGUCGUGGUCAAAAUAGCCAAAUUCUGCUAAAUAUUAGAGCCAGCCACUUCUAUCCAAGGUGAAAGAUUAUCUAUCCUCUGUGCUCUGUGCAGUUCAGCUGGCCAACGGAUUUUGACAAACAGGUCUUUUGUUUUCAUUAAAAAUGCCCCCUUUGCUGUUGUCUGUGACAGAUUUUGAAUGACGGCACAAACUAAGUGCUUUGUAACUUUCAAACUGGGUUUUUAAAAACAGUUCUCAAAGGUCAAGUAUUUGGCUAUUCCCCCAUAAUGGGCCUAAGCAGUUUAAACACAAACAUGGUUUAAAUAUGGCUGAAUUGUUUUACAGUGAUUACGAUUUGUUAUAAUCUACAAAACUGCUGACAGCAAGGCAAUAAAUGGAGUUCUCCGCUUUGGAAACUAUUACCAUUGACAAACUUGGAAUUAGUGUUGCUGGUGCAGAUCUGACCUCUCAGCUGUUAGUGCAGAGACAUCUGUCGGCAAUUCUAAGUGUAUUAAUGUGACGAUGGGAAUGGAUGGUCAUUCACAGUACUGUUCAGUAACACCAGGGACUAUUUGCUGGCGGCCGUUACAAACACAAAACAAACAUUUCAAAGGAUUUCCCCCGCUGUGUUAGCUGGUUUAAUCCUCUAGGGUUUGAACCCAGGUUAUAGUCGACAACUGAUUCCUGGUUUUGUAUGCACCUACCAGAAUGUAUAAUACAGUACUAGCAACCAGUUUUCUGUAACAGGUGUUGUAGGCUUUAGCGACCAGUAAAUAUAAUGGAAUGCUCAAAUAUAAUUAAACAUACUGCAUCUGUACCGGAGCUUGCUUCAGUGUGCUUCAGUUGAAAAACUAAAAUGGUUAAAAAAAAAAAAAAAAAAAAAAAAAAAAAUUCAACAAACCUCUGCUUUUAGCUUCUGUGUUCUGCAUACCGAGUCCAUAGUCUUUUUAGUACAGGAGGAUCAAAGGGGCAAACUUAAAGGACAAAUAAUGACAAGCACAUGUUCUGUAACACGACUAUUCCUGUAGUCUAUCCCAGAUGAAAGAACAGGUUUUCAACAGUGGAACAUCAUAUUUAUUUCAAAAAUACAACAAACAAUGUAGAGUAAUCAGAUGAUCAAUCUGAUAACCCAAUUUUGCUGCUCUGAUUUGUUGACCACCCAAAAAGGGGUGGGCGUGCUGGUGUUCAAGAUAUUAAAAUAUCUCAGACUUUCAGGCAAGUUUGCAAACUCUCUUUAGAUUAUAGAGUGCUCCUAACAGGUUUAGAGAUUUCUCUUCAAACACCUGAGAUCUGUAGGAUGCCGUCACUAAAGGCACUGAAGAUUUUUGGCUGUAAGCUGCCUCGUUUGCUUGUGCACAGGGGCAUGUGAAAUUAAAAACGUGCAAGCAAAACCUUUUUUUGUUCAUUUAUCUGGGACCGGCUAAUAAUGUGAAGGAUCUGAGUAAACCCAUUCCUGUCGGACAGCGUCAGUUCUCUUGUCUUGGACCCUUGUCUUCGUACGUCCACAUUUCUCAUCCGUCUCCUAGAUUUUGAUUGAGACUACACAUAUUGCUUGCAGGUUAAAAAAAAAAAAAAGAAAGAAAUUAGAGAAAACAAAAGCACAAAACAAGUCACUCCAAAGACAUCAGGCUUCUACUGGAUCUUUAAAUCUUCCAUUUGCAGUUACCACGAGCCAGCUUGAGGUGUUCACCGCUUCACUGGGUUAUACAACAAAGAUCAGCGGUGUUACACAAUCACACACACACACAAUCACAUACUCACACAAUCACACACAUACUCACACAAUCACACACACACAUACACAAUCACAUACUCACACAAUCACACACACACAAUCACAUACUCACACAAUCACACAUACACAAUCACACACACACACACAAUCACAUACUCACAAUCACACACACACACAAUCACAUACUCACACAAUCACACACAUACUCACACAAUCACACACACAUACACAAUCACACAAUCUCACAAUCACACACACAGUCACACACAUACUCACACAUACACUCAGUCACAGUCACACACACACAAUCACACACAUAUACACAGUCACACACAUACUCAGUCACGCACACGUAGUCACACACACAUACUCGUAGUCACACACAUACACAAUCACACAUUCACACACACACUCACAAACACACACACACAUACUCACGUAGUCACACACAUACACACUCAGUCGCACACACACAGUCACACACACACACUCACACAGUCACACACACACAUACUCAAGUGCUUAUUUGUCCUUUUAAGCUUGCUGACCUUUUUGCUGCCGCGUACACACUCUGAAACAUUACUGCUCUCCGUCAGUUACUGAUACAGUAAUAAGAAUGUUGCAGAAGUUUUUUCCUUCUGUGUUCUUUGUUUCAAAGAAUGUUGUGCCAUUUGUUAAUAGCAAAGAGAAAUAUUGAAGAUAUAUUAAAAGAAGAGCUAUUUUAAAUUAUUUUUGUUGGCUUUUUUUGUGGGGGGGCGCGAUAUUUAUUUUCUUGUAUUAGGAUCUUUGUAGAAAACGAAACAAAAAAAAAAAUGUAUUUUCCAUUAGUGCAGAAACCUAUUUUUUUUUCCUUUUUGUACAUUUUUCAUGUUAAGCAAUCUUUUAAAGCAAUAUGAUGUACAAGAAGGUGUUUUAUGUGACUAGCUGCAUGCUGUUUCUGUCGCCUUGUACUGGCUGCAUCCACCAUCGUUCCUCACCUGACAUGGAGGACAUGGGCUGUUGCAUAAUAAUCCUAGGUGUGGUUGACCAUUGCAGUCAAUAAAGCAGUGCUUUCUGUGUA